GUUAUUUACAAGAUUAUGUCGAAAGUUUUGGCUAAUCGGCUGAAAGGGGUGCUUAACCAAGUGGUAAGUGAGCAACAAAGUGCCUUUGUGCCUGGUAGAUAUAUUACUGACAACGUACUGGUAGCGUUUGAAUGCUUUCACACCAUGAAGCAAAAAAAAAGAAUAAGAAGGGGCUGCUGACAGCAAAGUUGGACAUUUCCAAGGCCUACAAUCGUAUUGAAUGGUGCCUCAUGGAGAAAAUGAUGAGAAAGCUGGAUUUUGAAGAGAGGUGGAUCAAAAUGAUUAUGAAUUGUGUAACUACGGUUUCCUACUCUCUCCUAGUCAAUGGACACCAGUCAGAGGUCUUUAAGCCUGAAAGGGGACUUCGACAGGGGGAUAAACUAUCACCCUAUCUGUUCUUACUAUGUGUGGAAGGGCUAUCUUCUUUGGCUCAGAAAGCGGUUAGGGAGGGUAAAAUUCAUGGAAUCAAAGUUUCCCAUAGAGCACCCGAGAUAUCCCAUUUGCUGUUUGCAGACGACAACAUCUUCUUUACACGAGCCACAGCUCAGGAAUGCCAACAGCUCAGGGACAUUUUGAGGAUCUAUGAAGAGGAGUCAGGACAGAAGGUGAACUUACAGAAAUCCGAGCUAAGCUUUAGCCCAAAUAUGAAGAGGGAGCAAAGAGAGGCUUUGGCAGCGAUAAUGGGGAUGAAACAGGUAGAGUACCAUGGGAAAUAUCUAGGUCUGCCUACAAUUAUUGGGCGAGAGAAGAAAUCAGUCUUUACUGCCCUAGUUGACCGAGUUAGAAGGAAGAUCAAGAAUGGGAAGAAUAAGACUCUCUCGAUUGCUGCGAAGGAGGUACUGUUAAAAGUUGUAGCUCAAUCGCAGGUUACAUACACUAUGUCAGUCUUUAUGGUGCCAGAUGGAAGUCUUGACGAGAUCAGAAGGGCGAUAUCAAGCUUCUGGUGGGGCCAACAGAAAGAGGAAAAACGGAUACCAUGGAAGGCUUGGAAGAAUAUGUGCAAGCCAAAGGAGGAAGGUGGGAUGGGUUUUAAAGAUAUUAAACUCUUCAAUCAGGCUAUGGUUGGAAAGCAUCUAUGGAAUCUAAUGACAAAGCCAGAUUCACUAGCAGCAAGGGUACUCAAAGCUAAGUACUACCCUAAUGGGGAUGUGAUGAAUGCGAGGCUAGGCCAUAACCCCAGCUAUACUUGGAGGAGCCUGUUGGCAAUACAAGAUUUGGUCAAAUCUGGACGGAGAUGGAGGAUAGGGAACGGAGCAGAUGUGAAUAUAUGACAGGAUAGGUGGAUCCCUGAGGCACAAGAGGAAAAUUACAUGGUGACCUCGUUGCUAGCAGCCGAAGCAACCAGGGUUUCACAGUUAAUUGAUCUGGACUCGAGGAGUUGGAAGAGGAAUCUCCUACAACGACCUCUAAACCCUGAGGACGGGAGGAGGAUUGAAAGUAUCCUCAUCCCACGUCAACCCUCGCAUGAUAAGCAUGUUUGGAGCCAUGAGAAAAAAGGGCAACUACUCGGUUAAGUCUGCCUAUAGGCUAUAGGUUUUGGUACAAUCGUACCCAACAACAAAGUCAAUUAAUGGGG